UCCGGAUGAAGCAUCCAACUUGACUCGGCACCCGUCUUUAGCCUCGAACGACUCGGCAUUUCCUUUGUUGGCUUCUCUUCUGGAUUGCGCGUCGGCUUCGGCUGUCGAUGUGGCCUCGAUGAUGACUCCUUAUCCAGCUCCGAUUGCGGCCAUGCAUGUGAAUCCGGCUCCGCAUCCGCCCGCGGUUUCGGCUCCGGCUGUGGAUUCGACAGCGCACGGGGCUUCACCUGCUGAGGCUGACGUUACUGCUGGGCCGUCGUCCACCGCUGCUACUGCUGCUGCUACUGCCGGACCUCAGAACGAAACUUCUCAGAAGCCCUUCACUUGGAAGACGAACCCGGCACUCUUGGCGCGUCAAGAAACAGCUGCGAGGCAAGUGCCAAGCAGACAGAGUUCCUCACGAAGACAUAUAAGCGAUGUGCGACACACCGGUGCAAUACGAGGGACGUACAACGCCACGGCCUACCCCUGCGACACCUGUCGCUAUCACUUCGACAUUCGCCUAGAUCGACGAGAGGCCUUCGUGAACUGGUUCAGGGACGGCGACAACACGGACAACCACGUAUUCUUCGUGUUGAGCUUGCUGUUCGCCAUCAGCCUGUCGAUGUCCCUGACGUUCGCCUGGCUGGAAGCCACCCAUCGGAUGGCCAACAUGUCCCUGCUGCUGACGGUGCCACUGGGAAUCGCCUUCGCCGUCCACAGCUUUCUGUGGGCAUCCCUAGCUCUCUACUGCCUAUGGCUGUACCCCAGGGCGUUCUGGAGGUGGAAAAACCAGACGCUGCCGCUGGUAGCCCAGCACUUCCUCCGCAUGACCACGACGCCCGAUCCGGCGGCUGACCAAGUGCCCUAGAAGUGCGAUGUCGGGCGCCAUCAUCGCGUGGCGCAAUCGCCAGAAAAUGGGCAGCUAUGCCCCUGCGCAUCUAAUAAACACA